AUAGACUAUCAGGUUCAGCUUCUUCAUUGGCCUAGUGUUUGCCGAGUACAAGCGUAUUCCCGGCAUCCGCCUUCCUUUAUGGGCAGAUGCUGUCGAAUACGAUGACGCAGCGCUGCAGUACGCUGCUGCUGCUGCUUCCCGCGCCUGCAAAAAGGUUGGCGGGGUUCCUGCUGACGGUUCCUGGAUUGCUUCCCCAUCCCACCUCCACCUCCACACGUCCCCCACGGACACCUUUACUUGGCAUCUUCGAUCCCCAGACCCGACAUCUUUCGAACUCGUGCCCUUCAACAACCGCACGGGUUAAAAAGCAGUCCAGACAUCAGCAGAGAGCCGGUGCGACCUCUUGCCCCGACCUCCACCGUGAUUUCGCUAGCUCGACGACUCGAGUUCCACACCAUAAUCAGCAUCACCCCACUACUACUACUGCCAGCCAGACCAGCGCCGCCAUGGAUCUCACCAACCCCUCCGACCCUCCGCCCAGCUACAUCGAGGCGGCGCGGUCGCACGGCCUGCGGCUGCGGCAGAGCGCCCCCGUCCGCCGCGGCCCGCUGCCGCUCGAGCUGCCGCUGCUGACCCAUCUCGCGACGAAGCGCGUUAUCCUGGCCUCGGCGUCGCCCCGCCGCAAGGCCAUGCUCGAACAGGUCGGCAUGCGCAACCUGGAGAUCAUGCCGUCGGAGGAGCCCGAGGACCUGGACAAGGCGUCGCUGGGGCCCGAGGAGUACGUGCAGGGGACGGCGCGGCGCAAGUGCCUAUCGGUGUACCAGUCGGCGCUCGCCGCACAGGAAGACGCGGCGGCGCGGCAGCGCAAGGCGGCGUCGCUGGCCGACGUGGUCGUGCCGGAGGAGCCGGCACUAGUGAUCGCGGCGGACACGGUGAUCGUGACGCGGGCGGGGCGGGUGCUCGAGAAGCCGCGCGAUGAGGCCGACCACGCGCGCAUGCUGCAGCACCUGCGCGACACGCGCACGCACCGCGUGCUGACGGCGGUCUGCGUGCUGGCGCCCAAGGCCGACGCCUCGCACCCCGGCUACGAGAUGGCGUCCCACAUCGAGGACACCGAGGUGCGCUUCGCCCAGGCCAGCGACGGGCUCGCGGAUGAUGUGAUUGCCGCCUACGUGCGCACCCGCGAGGGCGCCGACAAGGCCGGCGGGUACGCCGUGCAAGGGAUUGGUGGUAUGUUGUUGGUUGAGAAGAUCAACGGCGCUGUUGACAAUGUCAUUGGCCUGCCCGUGCGCAGGUGUCUGCAGCUGUGCGAGAAGGUGCUGUUCAGGCAGGGCGAGGUCGACGAGGACGAGGAGGAUGAUGACGCGUGAACCCGGCAGGACGUGUCUCCCUGACCAGGGCGACUACUUCUUACCAGUCAUGAGCGAAAUGCAUGCAUGCAGGACUACUGGCUUUGCUGAUGUUUCUCCCCAUCGCCCGGAAGCCUAUCUACUACAUCGUGGCGUUCAGGGAGACCAAAAUACUAGUCAAAAGAAAAGAAAAGAAAAGAAAA